AUGGCUGGGUUCUGGGAUCGCGUUAUACGGCGCAGGUCGAGCACGCAAACUGUCGGUUCGUCGUCGACUUCGUCGGCGCGCAAGUCGUCCAAGUCGAGCGAGUCCUCCCGCCCACUGUCGACCUCAUCCUUCUUCAGCCUCGAGCGAGUCUCAACCAACAACAACAAGCGCAAUUCGUUCCAGCAGCCUAUGGUGCACACCGAGACAACUAUCGAAUACGAAGGCGACGUCUCGACCGCCAACGGACUCGUCCUCCCCGCUCUGGACGCAACAGACGACGCUGUCGCUUCCGCUCCUUCGGACCCUUCCUCGUUCAUGCGCACGUACGACUGGCCUCGUGCGGCACAGAACCGACGAUCGGUUGACCGACCUACGCGCCAGAACGGCCUUGCGCGGGACGAGAGUCCGGCACCGUCUGCGAGGGAGUGGGAGGAGAAGGCCUUGCCGGCACGGCGAAGGUCGAGUGCGGCGCCGUUUGGCGAGUGGGAGGAUGACCGGAGGUUGAAGGUGCUGGUUGUUGGGUCGGGAUAUGCGGGACUUGCGGCGGCCAUCGCAUGCGCUCGGCAAGGGUAUAGCGUGACGGUUGUCGAACGCGGCAGCGGCAAGUCUCCGCACGGCGACCUCCUCACCCUCGGCUCGAACUGCGUCCGCCUCCUCGCCCGCUGGGGCCUCUUCACCGACCUAUGGCAGAAGAGCGCGCGAGGCGGAUGGUGGCUUCUCAAGGACUACAGGGGCAACGAUCUCGAGGGCAAAGAUUUGCGGGACUUUCCGGCCAUUUACGGCGCGCCGCUCAUGCAGGGUCAUCGAGCGCAGUACCUUGGCGUGCUGGGGAUCGAGGCGAGGAUGCUUGGAGUCGAGUUCAGGACGGGAACGGAGGUCGUCGAGUUCAACGACUCGGCAAAUGCGUGCAUCGUCGUUGCGGACGGCGUCAGUUCUUACGCCCGCGCUUACCUCGCACCCGAGCUCGGCGAAUCGUCGACCAAGCUGCGCUCGACCGAGAGCAAUACCGACACGACGGACGAGGGCAAGAUGUACAGCGUGCAUCGAGGUGCAAUGGCGAGCGACAAGCUACGGGCGAACCCGUCGACGUCGUACUUCUUUGACGGCUGCAUGCGCACCUUCCUCGGCCCUGACUCGCAUCUCAAGAUUGCUCCUCUCGACAACAACCAGCAGGUCUCCUUCACCUACGUCUCCCGCUCGCGAUACAAGGCCUCUCUGAGUUGGCGCGACCGACGACCCGUCGCUGAGGUGACGGAGCGCCUCAAGGAGGAAGGCUGGGACCCGUCCGUCAUCGAAGCGGUCUCCGCCUUCCGCACCUGCCUCAACUGGGCCAUCGAGGAGGACCCACCGGCGGAACGGUGGUGCACCAAUGGCGGCAAGAUCGUUCUCCUCGGCGACGCCGUGCACGCUCUUUCGCCGAUGUCCUUUCAGGGAGCUUCUCAAGCCAUCGAGGACGGCGCAUCGCUCGCGGUCUUCCUCGCUCUCGCCGGAGGUACAAACGAAGGCGUUCCGCGCGCUCUGCGGACUCUCGAAGCUCUGCGGCGACCUCGAGUCCUCGAAGCUCAGCAACGCGGCACGCUGCAGCGCAAGCUGUGGCACGGAUGGUACGACAACCCCUCUCCCGCCAACUUCGACUUGCUCGUCGCGGAAGCCUACGACUACGACGUCGAGAUGCACACCCUCGCCUCGUUCGAGCGCGUCUGUCAGAAGGCCACGGGCGAGAAGGCGUUCGUUGUCGAUCCUGCUCAUCGCAAGGCGUGCAUGGCGAAGCUGGGGAUCAAUGGGCCGGCAGAGAUGGCGUCGAAGGCGUUCAUGGAGGACCGGAGUCUCGCAUGGGAGCGAGGCGGUGAGCGUCCAUUGCGUUAA